AUGACAUUUUUGAAAGUCUACUCCCAAAGGAUUUGGAAUGCCCUGACAGAUAAUUAUGGAAAUGUGAUGCCUGUUGACUGGAAGUCAUCCCAUACGAGGACCUUGCAUUUGCUAACUCUGAACCUCUCAGAAAAAGGGAUAAGUGAGGGUUUGGUCUUUGAUACGUCAGAUGAUGAGGAGCUGAGAGAACAGCUGGAUAUGCAUUCGAUCAUCGUCUCCUGUGUUAGCGACGAGCCCCUCUUCACUGCAGACCAGGUUAUCGAAGAAAUUGAAGAAAUGAUGCAGGAAUCACCGGACCCAGAAGAUGAUGAAACCCCCACACAGUCAGAUCGGCUUUCAAUGCUUUCCCAGGAAAUUCAGACUCUUACGAGGUCUAGUACAAGCAGUUAUGAAGAGAGGGUAAAAAGGCUUUCAGUAUCUGGAUUAAAUGAACUCCUGGAAGAAAUUGAGACUGCCAUUAAAGAAUACUCCGAGGAGCUGGUGCAGCAGUUGGCCCUACGAGAUGAACUGGAGUUUGAGAAGGAAGUGAAAAACAGCUUUAUUUCUGUUCUUAUCGAAGUGCAAAACAAGCAGAAAGAGCAAAAAGAAACAGCCAAAAAGAAAAAGAAACUCAAAAAUGGCAGCUCUCAGACUGGGAAGAAUGAGAAGAGUCAUAUGCCGGGCACACGCUUCAGCAUGGAAGGGAUCUCAAAUGUCAUUCAGAAUGGCCUCCGCCACACCUUUGGAAAUUCAGGUGGAGAGAAACAGUAUUUGACAACAGUCAUUCCUUAUGAGAAAAAAAAUGGACCACCAUCUGUUGAAGAUCUUCAAAUAUUAACAAAAAUUCUUCGUGCCAUGAAGGAGGACAGUGAAAAAGUUCCGAGCUUGUUAACUGAUUAUAUACUUAAAGUUCUGUGUCCUACAUAGAGCAGCAUUACCUCAGGAGCAGCUUUGUCUGUGGACUGUGAGCUAGAUUUCCUACGGCAUUAUUAUGAAAGCUGGCUACCAUUACCUUCCUGCUAUUGGAAACUCAGCACACUUGAACUUGGGUUUGUGACUCAGUAUUAAUACAUCAUGACUUCACUAAUUCUUUAUAUUAUAGAACCAAGAAGAAAUAUGGCACUGUUUUGAAUUCUAGAGAUGGUUUUUGUUAAACCAACUAACAUUUAUGAACUGUUCUCUUUUCUUAGUAGAGUAAGGGAGAGUGAUAUUAAUUGUGCAUGUGAAGUUAUAUUUUUCAUAAACUGACAGUCUAUCUGUUUGAGUUUUUUUUUAUGGCUUCUACAUCUAAACUGCACUGAAGAACUAGAUCAGAGCAUUGGGAGAUUUAUACUAUAGCUAUUUUUCAGUGAUGGUUAGAACCAACAUUGAUUUUUCUAACAGAAUUGUCAGUAUAACUAUUACCUACCAGUAUUGUCCAGAGCGAAUGAAUCUUAAACUUGGACCGUUCUCGAAGCAAAACCAGAAUAUGGAUUACUUUGGCUUACUACUUAGUGAACAUCAAAACUCUAUAGCUUGUUGCUUGUGUCACCGUUCAAAUUUUAACCAUUAAAUUGCCAUUCAUUUUCAUAAUCUUGUAUUAUUUAGAUGUUUAAAUGUUUUGUUUCAUGUGUCUGUGAAGAAGUGUACUUUAAAAGGAGUUUGUAUCCUUUAAGGUGCUUAAGAAACUGUGCUGCAGCACUGCCCAUUUCCCAUUACUGUUAUUCAUGUCUGUCUAAUAUCCUAAAGUCUAAUUCUAGAAACAGCUACUCAUGGAUACAUCACCAAUCAUGAACAGUUUUGCUGGUUCCAGUCAAGUCAAUGGCAUUUAAUAAAUGUAAAAAAAGAAAAAGUAA